CAAUCAAAACACUACGUUUGAGUUUUUGCGUGAGUAAAUUUUUCGACGAUUAAUAUUUCUUUUGGCUUCGUUCAUCAGACAUUGACCAUAAUGGCAAGCCACGGAAAGGAAAACGUUUCAAGCCACGUUGAGAAGGACAGUGACUCAACACGACAUACUACUUCAGGCCAGACACAAAACCUUACAGAGACAGAUGCAGUGUUCAGAAGUGCUUUCAGCCUCAAUCCUGCUGAGGAAUACAACAUGGACCACAAGAACCGAGGCCUAGCACUCAUAUUCAACCAGGAGCGCUUCUACUGGCAGCUAAUGUUGAACAGUCGUUCUGGGACAACCGCAGACAAAGAAAAUCUUAAAAAGAGGUUUAUUAGCUUGGGAUUUGAUGUGAAAGUUUACGAUGAUUACAAUAAAGAUGAAAUUCUGAAAAUAAUCACUGAAGCUGCAGGUCGUAAUCACAUGGAUGCAGACUGCUUUGUCUGCAUUUUCCUGAGCCACGGUGAAAAUGGCCAUGUCUAUGCCUACGAUGCAAAGAUUCACAUCCAGGAUAUCACGGCACUUUUCAGAGGAGACAAGUGUCCAAGCCUCAUAGGAAAACCCAAAAUAUUCAUCUUACAGGCAUGUCGUGGGGACAAACACGAUGACCCGGUCACUCCAAUGGAUGUGGUGGAUAGUGAGAUCAAUGAGGUUGUUGUGGAUGCUGGGGUGGUGUACACACUGCCUGCGGGUGCUGACUUCAUCAUGUGCUAUUCUGUAGCUGAGGCAGGAUUCUACUCACACAGGGAGACAGUGAAUGGCUCCUGGUACAUCCAGGAUCUGUGUGAGAUUUUGCAUCAGUAUGGCUCUGCACUGGAGUUCACUGAGCUUCUGACGCUUGUCAAUCGCAAAGUGUCCCAACGCAGCGUGGGAAACUGCAGUGACCGCUCUGCCAUUGGCAAGAAACAGGUGCCCUGCUUUGCCUCCAUGCUGACCAAGAAACUUUACUUCAGACCCAAGAAAGGAAACUAUAUUUAGCCAGUCACUGAGACAGACACACAGACACACACUUGAUGAGUUACACCAAUCAGAAGCAACCAAACACACUUGAUGCAUACAUUACAAGACAGCCACAAUUAACUGGAUGCUGGGCACAGUACAUUUAGUGCUCAAGCCUGAAGGCAGAAAAAGAGAUUUUCUGGUCUACUUGGUCAAAUAAAAGGCCUGGACCUUAACUUAUAGAAAAUAAUCGAUAUCUUGUGUUAUAAUACCAAAUUAGGAAAUAAUCCUAUAAUUAGACAAUUACAGUGUAUCAAUAAUCACUUACCUUAUUAAUAUCUGAAACUGAAAUUUUGCUUUUUUUUUGGUCUAUUCUGUCUUUCCUAAGCACAAAUCUGAAGAAAUUUUUCAAAUCAAGCAAGACAUAUGGAUAAAUUAAAUUUUGAUGGCAUGGGAAUAGUCUUAACAAAACAAUAGAGAAUCAAAAAAAUCAAACUAAAAAAUAGUGAAUAAAUUAUGAAAAUACAUAUACAGCGUAACUACAAAAUUGCAUCACUUCAGACCAAAGUGUUUUUUCAUAUAUAAUAUUGACUUUAUUUUUCUGACAUAAAUAGAAUUUACAUCCUUUUCUUCCCAAACUAAAUAACUGAAUAAUUAUUUCUGUGAAAUGUGAUUCCAAGCUUUAGUAUAUCAGUGCACACUCUCAGUUACAGAGCCAGGAAUCUGAUCCAGGUGCUGUUUCAUCACUUUACCUUUCACACAGUAUGCUGGCCUUAUUUAAAUGAGGGGUUGAAACAGGUUAGUCAGGGGCACAUGCGAAAAUGCUUGUGCUCCAGGCUUCAAUCUUUCAUUUCUCUCACACACAGUGCAACAUUUUUCUGCAACUUUCAUUUUUAAUUACAUACAAAGAGGCUAAGGUAAUGGAAUUCCAGCACUCACUUGUUCAGGUUUGACUGUGUGUGCUGUAACAGACAAAACUGGGGUGAGGAGACAGAUUUUUACUGGCAAUUUCUUUGCAAAGGAGUUUUUUUUACAGAAACAUGGUAACCUGGAUUCAAUUUUGGACAUUUAAGCAAAAACAUUAAUUAUAUUUUGGCAAAUUAUCUUAAAUAUAGUCAAAAUAUUUAAUAUUUUGUUUUUUUUUUAAGAUUGUUAUAAGAAUGUUAUGAGCUUUAACUUAUUUCUAGACAUGUUUACUUGUUUUAAGUCUAUCUAGUCAAUUAUUUUACUGGCACAUUUUCUUAUUUCAAGAAAUGUUUUAAACAACCAAAGUUCUCUGCCAAUGGAAUACAACAAUUUCACUAGAUGAAAUGACUUAAAUCUAGAAUAAGGCAUCUCGAAAUAAGUGUGAUAAUCUUAUUAUCACAAAUCUUAAAAUGAGAAUGUAUUUGAUGUAUUGACCAAAUUUAAGAUGAUUUUUGACCAAUAUCUAUGUUUGAGAGCAAAUUUAGUAUUUUAAUAAUGAUUUCAGCUACAAUAUGAGAGAAAAUCUGUCAUUUUCAGACAUGGUAUAUGGUAUACAUUGUAUGAUUUUUGAUUUACAAACACUGAUAUUUUGUUCAGCAGAAAGGGCAAUUCUUCUUUAUGUCUUUCAGUCUCAUCAAACUGUUCUAAUACUUCAUUACUUUAUCUGUAACUUUAAUCACAAGAAAAAAAAAAAACUUAAAGGAGCAUUACAUUGUGCCCUCCCACCUCUCAAAAUUUUGCCAUGUGUACUGGCUAGUUGUAUUGCAGAAAUAAAAUCUGAGCCAAACAUAAGCCUAAGCUUUCAUUGAAUGCCACUGUGUGAAAGUCCAUACUGUUUUCAUUAGGGAUGCAUUGAUAACAUUUUUUUCAGACCGUACAAGCACAAGUAGGCUACAUAUUCUUAUUACUCACCGAUGCCAAGCCCGAUACCAUACUGAGUAACCUUUGUAGAAUUAAGUAGUUGUUAGUGUAAAUGAAAUAUAUAAAAUAAUGAUAAUUAUAUCAUUAAAAUGUUGCUGAUUUUAAAUAAAAUGCAUUAGCUAGCUAUGCUGCAUUAGUCCUACCUGGGAUUGAGUAAUGUUGCAGUGGAGAAGAGUGGGCAAAAAAGCACUUCUGUACCGCUGUAGGUACAAGUCAUAGUUUUGCUCCUUGCCUCUCUCUUUCAACAACAGUCUCCGUAGCACAGCGACAGCAGGAAUCACAUCCGAGGCUAAAGCAUCCGAUGAAUUUGCGCUGCGUGUUUUACGUCUUGUUCUGAGUAUUUUGUUUGGCUGGUUGAGCUGUAGCUGAAUGUCCUCUAAGGUCAGAUAUACACUGUGCGAUUUUAGAAAUCUUGUUCUUUGGUGACUUAAACUGUACAUUUGAAUAGACCAUCAUGUACAGACAAAGCCUAAGAUUUGUAUGCGAAACGCAGCCUUUACAGACAGCUCUGUCUACAAACAGUUUAAGAUAUAGCUGUUUCAUUCAAAACAACAUGCUGCCAACUGAGUACUGAGCUUAGAGAAACUGAGCAGCUCACCUAACACUGCGAACUAAAGUUAAAAGCAGGCGGUGAUGUACACUGAAGAACAAUACAGCCUUCCUACUGGCUUUCUACAGCCUAUUUUACAAAAGACAAUCACCGUAUUAACAUUUAUACCUUGCUAUUAUAUUCAGUCAAACAAAGUAAAGUUGGCACAGAGGUACUUUGAUAGCAAAUGUCGACUUUUUUCUACUCGGUUUAGUUGACCUGUGUGUCUCCACAGAAGCAGUUGUGAUUGUGUUUGUGUUUAGAACGGGCUAAAAUUACACAGUGCGUUCCUGGCAAGAAUCUGCCAGGGCUGAAUGUUUGAAAUGGUUGACAGUUUGUGUGAGACUUUCAUGAAGUCAAUAACACUUCACUGUGUAAACAGAGCCUCCUUCACUCAUUAGCGCAACAGCUAUACUUGGCUUACACAGUGGGAAUCAGAUGAAUUUUUAUAAGUACAAGUGAAUGAGCACAAUUUUGGCCCGAUACCCGAUACCAGUAUCAGUGUGAUGCAUCCCUAGGUUUAAUUGUGCAACUUUCAGUUUAAUUGAUCUGUCAAUCAGGAGUAUGCAUCUCUGAAUUUACAACAAUUCUUUAGAAAACAAUGCAUUAUGAAAUGUUAAAUUUCAUCAUAAUUUGAUUUAUGAUUAUGAUUGUGAUUAUGAUUGAUGAUUGUUUUUUUUUAUUAAACUGUGUUUAUACCAUAUUUCAUUACUGUUUGAACAAAAUCUUAUAUCUCCAAAUUGGUAAGUUUCCAGGACAAAUUUUAAAAAAAUUCUCAGAUUUCAGUGUGAGUUAUUGUCAUUGCCUUUAUUCAGUGUAAUUCUGGAGCAUUUGCAUUGUAACGUAAGGGCAGCUAGCUAAAUUUUGAUUAAGCAGGAAAUCCGUCUUGUUCUUUGCAGACUGUGUCCCAUUAAUCAAUGUUGUUUACUUAAAUAGUAUCCUUGUAACAAAAACUUUAAAGCUGGACAGUUUUUUUCCAGUCUGUCAUGAAAGGCUCUUAUUUUAGGAAAAGCUCCAUUAGGGAUGGGACAGAUUAUGACAGUAUCAGUAGUUUGAUGGUUUUUGCUGUCAUCAUGUAAUUCAUAAAAGUAUUUAUAAAGUAAUAAAAUGUAGUUAAGAAAUAACUAUAGCUAGGGAGGAAGACCAGAAGUUCUUCUAGGAAAGUUCUAGAUAGAACUACCACUCCGUAAUCUCUUCUAAGUUGAGGGCAAUCCUUAGAGAGUCCAGAGGGAAUGGCUUCCUGUGGCACUUUUGUGCAAAACUGCAGUUUAUAAAUGGCUAAUACUUUUUAUUGUUCUCUCAACACAGAAUAGCCUAAAAUAUUUAUAAAAUUUCAGCCAGUGAGCUCAUUAGCUUACUGACCAAUCAGCACUCAGCAGCCAUAAUGCUAAUAUACUACUAUGCAAAACGUGCUUGCUGUAGAAAAAUGAAAAGGUAUUUCUGGAGGUUCUAGCAUGAAUGGUUAGAAAUAGUUUAAUUUUAUGAUUUUAUCUAUUUAGCUCCUUUCACUCCAAUUCGUUAAGGACUCACUUGCGCGGGCCCUUUAGCAUUUCGCAAUCAUGUUUUUCAUGUAUAAGGGUUAAUAAGAAAUGACCAGACAUAUAUAGUUUAAGACUGUCAUAUCCCUAUAUAGGGAUAAAUAGUUAAAUAGUGAAGCUGUCCCAAAUAAUGUGAGCAAUAAACUACAUAACUAGAAAUUGCUUAAAAUGAUGGUUCAGUGAAAAAUGUAAUUUACAGUACACCCUUAACCCAUAUGUAAACUAUGGAGGUCUAGGUUCACCAGUUAGCAUUUUGCUAACUGCAUGCCAAAACCAUCACACACAGUAAGUAAUCUCAAAUAGACUUGCUUUUGUGUUUUCUGACACUGUAAGACUGUUAUCUAUAAAAAUGGGCAAAAGUACAGACAAAAAAUUAAUGUUUGCUUUUUAAUUUAAGCUUUGUGGAAGUUUGAACUUCCCAGCAAGUGUACCUGUGGCAAUUUAGGCAUUCCUGUUGACCCAUGCUAAUUGGUGGAGUAUAAGCUUCCUUUACUUGUUCAUCUGAAGUACCUGCUUAUGAGGACAGUUAUCUUCAUGAUAUGAUAGGUCUGUCAUGAAACUUCUUGGGCAUUACUUAACAAAAUAAUGAGUCAUGCCAUUUGCCAGUGGUCAAAUGUGGCUGGUAACAUGGGCAACGCUGACCUACUCUCAAGUAAAGAAACAGGAAGCUCAGUGUGUAAAGAUGUGGGCCUAAGUACAGCUGGGUCCUCUAGCAAUAGCUGCUUACAUUACAUACAAGCAACUUCAUUUCACAGUCAUUCAGGAAGGCAUUGCCUCAGAUUAAGAAAAUUCAGUGGCAAAUUAACACAGACAGUUUGAAAUGGUAACAAAUGUGCAGUAACGAGUUCAUAUGCACUUUCGCUGAUUUAAACAACAUCAAGAACGACUUUAGGCUUUACUUUCCCUGGGCGAGCUCUUAAGUAUCAGAGAACCUGCCGUUCAUGGUUUUGUUUUGUUUUCCCACCUGUUUUCAGACAGUUCUGUCUCCCUGCACUGGGAUUGGCUAGUAGUUCAUACCACAGACAAAUCCCAUCACACGACACGGGACUCAACUACUUUGUCCAACCUGCUUUCUUUAGAAUAGGGGUUCUCAACCUUUCCCAGAUAGCAAACGUCCGGCACUUACUUGCGGCCCACACACCGCAUGGAAUGAUGGCACAAAUGAGGGCCAAAUGCGGUUGCCAGAACUCAGCCAGUUUAUAGCUAUAAAAGGGCCGCAUCUUUAAACCACCAGGGCCAGAAAUGACCCACAACUCAACCACAUGUAAAACAACUGGGCUGUUACCCUGCCAUAUGUGGCCCAGAUCCAAAUUUUACUGAUGCCCCUCCCAAUCCCAUUAAUUAACUUAACCCCUGUGAUUAAUAAUCAUCCUUUAAUCAUGUUUUCCAUCAAUAUAUCAAUACAACAAACAUUUAAAUGUCUCACUUUAUUUUAAUAAUAAUUUCAAUAUUUAAACAUCCAUAUAAAAUGAAACACUGUUUGCACAAAUAAACAUGAAUGAAAUGUAAGGGUCUCAAUGCAAGAACACAAAUCAAUAUAGUGCUAAUUAGACACAGUACAAUAUUACAUAUACAACCAACUUAAAGGGGAACUCCACCAAUUUCCUGCAUAAUUAAACGGUUGAGAGGCACAAUUUAAUGCAUAAUCAUGGCGUUAAGAUGUAAGCAGUCAUUCAGAGUGGUUUGGUAUGAAAUGCUCCGAGAAACUUACCGAGUCAGAAUUGUUCACAGUGGUGGUGAUAGGAACCAGACGUCCACCUCUAAAGGC